UCCCCCUCCCUCGGCCCGCCGCCGCUGCUCCAGAUGAGGUGAUGGCAACGGCCAACUUCGGCAAGAUCCAGAUCGGGAUUUACGUGGAGAUCAAGCGGAGCGAUGGCCGAAUACAUCAAGCAAUGGUAACGUCUUUAAAUGAAGAUAAUGAAAGUGUAACUGUUGAAUGGAUAGAAAAUGGAGAUACAAAAGGCAAAGAGAUUGACCUUGAGAGCAUCUUUUCACUUAACCCUGACCUUGUACCUGAUGAAGAAAUUGAACCCAGUCCAGAAACACCUCCACCUCCAACAUCUUCAGCCAAAGUAAACAAAAUUGUAAAGAAUCGACGGACUGUGGCUUCUAUUAAGAAUGACCCUCCUCCAAGAGAUAACAGAGUGGUUGGUUCUGCACGUGCACGGCCUAGUCAGCUUCCUGAGCAGUCUUCCUCUGCACAACAGAAUGGUAGUGUUUCAGAUAUAUCUCCAGUUCAAGCUGCAAAAAAGGAAUUUGGACCCCCUUCACGUAGAAAAUCUAAUUGUGUGAAAGAAGUAGAAAAAUUACAAGAAAAACGAGAAAAAAGAAGACUACAGCAGCAAGAACUUAGAGAAAAAAGAGCCCAGGAUGUUGAUGCUACAAACCCAAAUUAUGAAAUUAUGUGUAUGAUCAGAGACUUUAGAGGAAGUUUGGAUUAUAGACCAUUAACAACAGCAGAUCCUAUUGAUGAACAUAGAAUAUGUGUUUGUGUAAGAAAACGACCACUCAAUAAAAAAGAAACUCAAAUGAAAGAUCUUGAUGUAAUCACAAUCCCUAGUAAAGAUGUUGUGAUGGUACAUGAACCAAAACAAAAAGUAGAUUUAACAAGGUACCUAGAAAACCAAACAUUUCGUUUUGAUUAUGCCUUUGAUGACUCAGCUCCUAAUGAAAUGGUUUACAGGUUUACAGCUAGACCACUAGUGGAAACUAUAUUUGAAAGGGGAAUGGCUACAUGCUUUGCUUAUGGGCAGACUGGAAGUGGAAAAACUCAUACUAUGGGAGGUGACUUUUCAGGAAAGAACCAAGAUUGUUCUAAAGGAAUUUAUGCAUUAGCAGCUCGAGAUGUCUUUUUAAUGUUAAAGAAGCCUAACUAUAAGAAGUUAGAACUUCAAGUAUAUGCAACGUUUUUUGAAAUUUAUAGUGGAAAGGUGUUUGACUUGCUAAACAGGAAAACAAAAUUAAGAGUGCUAGAAGAUGGGAAACAGCAGGUUCAAGUGGUGGGAUUACAGGAACGGGAGGUCAAAUGUGUUGAAGAUGUACUGAAACUCAUUGACAUAGGUAACAGUUGCAGAACAUCCGGUCAAACAUCUGCAAAUGCACAUUCAUCUCGGAGCCAUGCAGUGUUUCAGAUUAUUCUUAGAAGGAAAGGAAAACUACAUGGCAAAUUUUCUCUCAUUGAUUUGGCUGGAAAUGAACGAGGAGCUGAUACUUCCAGUGCAGACAGGCAAACCAGGCUUGAAGGUGCUGAAAUUAAUAAAAGCCUUUUAGCACUCAAGGAGUGCAUCAGAGCCUUAGGUAGAAAUAAACCUCAUACUCCUUUCAGAGCAAGUAAGCUCACUCAGGUGUUAAGAGAUUCAUUCAUAGGUGAAAAUUCUCGUACCUGCAUGAUUGCCACAAUCUCUCCAGGAAUGGCAUCCUGUGAAAAUACUCUUAAUACAUUAAGAUAUGCAAAUAGGGUGAAAGAAUUGACUGUGGAUCCAACUGCUGCUGGUGAUGUCCGUCCAAUAAUGCACCAUCCACCAAAUCAAAUUGAUGACUUAGAGGCACAGUGGGGUGUGGGGAGUUCCCCUCAGAGAGAUGAUCUGAAACUUCUUUGUGAACAAAACGAAGAAGAAGUUUCUCCCCAAUUGUUUACUUUUCAUGAAGCUGUCUCACAAAUGGUAGAAAUGGAAGAACAAGUUGUAGAAGAUCACAGGGCAGUGUUCCAGGAAUCUAUUCGAUGGUUAGAAGAUGAAAAGGCUCUCCUAGAGAUGACUGAAGAAGUAGACUAUGAUGUAGAUUCAUAUGCUACUCAACUUGAAGCUAUUCUUGAGCAAAAAAUAGACAUUUUAACUGAGCUGCGGGAUAAAGUGAAAUCUUUUCGUGCAGCUCUACAAGAAGAAGAACAGGCCAGCAAGCAAAUCAACCCGAAGAGACCCCGUGCCCUUUAAAUCAGCAUUUGCUGCUAAAGGAUCCCCAGAACCCACACUGCUGUAACAUACAAUAGUUCAGCUGUAAGGGCCAUUUGAAAGUUUGAAAUUUUAAGUGUCUGUGGAAAAUGUCUUGUCCCUUCACCUGAAUGACAUUUCAAUUUUGUGAAACACUCCUUUGUCUACAAAAUGCUUCUAGUCGAGGAGGCACAACCAAGAUUUGGGAAUAGUGAAGCAUUUUGUUUCAUUUACCCAGAUAGUGAUUUACUUUUGGAGAUCCUUGCCAAUUGUAUUUUCUGUAUGAAGUAAGGUUGUGGACUUGAUCCAGCGGUGAAGAGUAGGGGGAAGCCACAGCAUUUCCUUUUAACUUGGUUCAAUUUUCGUAGCAAGACUGAGCAGUUUUAAAUCCUUUGCGUGCAUGCAUACCUCAUCAGUGAUUGUACAUACCUUGCCCCCUCCUAGAGACAGCUGUGCUCACCUCUUCCUGCUUUGUGCCUUGACCUAAGGCUUUUGACCCUAAAUUUCUGAAGCACAGCCAAGAUAAAUUACAUUCCUUAAUUGUCACUGUAAAUUACCUUUAUUGUGUGUACAUUUUUACUGUAUUUGAGACAUUUUUUGUGUGUGACUAGCUAAUUUUGCAGGAUGUGCCAUAUCAUUGAAUGGAACUAAAGUCUGUGACAGUGGACAUAGCUGCUGGACCAUUCCAUCUUGUAUGUAAAGAAAUCUGGAAUUAUGAUUUUAAAACCAGAUAAUGUGGUUAUAAUUUUCUUAGCAUUUUCUUUGUAAAGAACUAAAAUAUAAACUAGUUGGUGUAUAAUAAAAAGUAACGAAAUUCUGAGAAGAGUUUUAUCUUAGGAUAAUACAUAUAUAUGCAGUGUGUUCUCCAGUGUGGUAUUAACAGGACUAAUAGUGCAAUUUGAUCCUUACCAAUACCAUUACUUAAAGUGUCCAUUAGCACCCCAAAAUGUACCUCCUAAAUGUACUGAUAAAGGAAAUUGGCUUCUGAUGCAUGAAUAUUUACAUGUACACUGAAAGUAGUCCAUAAUAGAACUGUUAGUUUAAGCCAAGUGUAGACAGUACAUAACUCCCUUGAGAAAGAAUUAAGCUAAAAGAGGGUUGACUUUGCCUCAAAAGGCAGAUCGAACCCAAGCCCCAUCCAUUACCUAAAUGUGUGAUGUUUCAUCAUUAUUUGGUGAGAAUCACCAAAUUCUCGCCAAUAAAUUGGAUUAGGGUAUGCUGCUUUUUAAAUGGUGGCACUUAUUUUUACAGAUUGCUACUCCAAGGAAGAAAACUGGCCACUUUUCAUGUAAAUAUUUUGUUAAAAGAUUUAUAUAUCUCUCUAGGAGUUUUCCCUUAGUUCCUAGGAUAGAGUCCAGGAGUAGAUUAACAACAAAAAGUCUCCCAAGGAUGUCUUGUUUUGAUUUACUCAAAGGAACUACUGCUCAUUCAUUUGGGCCAAAGGGAAGCUAUGAAUAGAGAAUCACAUGAGCCAGAUUCCCUACUUCAUUGUUCAUAGAACCCAGAGGGUAGUUGUGGGAAAUCCUAACACCAUGGUGAAAUGCUCCUCUGUAAACUUGAAAUCUAGAACAAAUGUAGAUUUUCACAAUGUGCUUAUUAAUAAAUGAUAUCUAUGGAAUGAGUUUUAGAGAUAAUUCAGUACAUUGUAACCUUUGUUUUGGAAGGGACUCAGGUUUUCUUGCAGUUGUAAGAUAUGUUCUUUUGUGGUAUUUCAAAGAGAAGAGGAAGAAUGGAGCAGAUACUAUUGACCUUGCAGAGGUUGCUUAAAAAAGUAGUUUUUGAGGCUAACCAACCUUCAGAGGGCAAUAAAGAGAUGUGAACUUGCUCAUUUUAAAGCACAACAGAUUACUCUUUAUUAAUUAAAUAAGAUGGAUACUAUCUCUGGAAGGUCUUAUAUUCAAAUAUGCCGCCUUAUACUAUAAUGGCUUCAUUCUGAUCAGUAAUCAAGGUCUUUAGAAAAUUAAUACCAGAAAAGAUCUUGGUGGUAUAGUCCAAACCUUCAGUUUUACAGAUAGGGAAAACUGAAGGCCAGAAAAGGGACUAAAACUCAGUAGUUCACAGGGGAAGAGGAAAUAGACGGAAAGCUGAAUUAAAGUUUUCCUAUAAGUCUAGAGAUGGUACCAAUGAAUUUUGCAAAGUAAGUAGUUUUGUGAUAUUAAAAAAACCUACUCUUGAGGUAUAUUUAAUAUUUAUGUAACAAAAGUGGCUUGAUGCAGCUGUUAUUUAAAGAAUAAUGAAUCUUUUGGAUCUGGGUUAAACAUUCUCAGAUUUCUUGAAAGCUGAUAUUCCUAUUAAUAAGUAAUUAUUUUAUUUAUAUAGGAGUGUUCUACUAUAUCACUUUGAAGCCAGAUUUCAAAAAAAUCUGUUUAGGUAAACAACUUCCUUCCUAGGUUUACUCAGUGUACCUAUGUUAAAAUAAUUUGGAAGCAGUCUUUCUAUUAAGUUUUAAAAAAGUCAGUUAUCAAGAUAUUUUUAUUAAUUUCCUUAUAUAAAUAAAAUAAUCAGGUACUAUAAUUCUUUAUUAAAGGACAUAACAAUGCUUAGUAUUAUAUUGAUAAUGAUUUAAACAUAGUAGCUAGUUAAGACUUGUUUAGGGCAUCUAUUGACAUUGUCAACCGGCCAUUUUAAAAAUAGCUUAAAACUAAGCAUCAGUAUAUGAAAAGACACCGGAACUUUGUUUUCCAGAAGUCACAUGAAUACUGAGAGCCUCUAGUUAUGAGAAAAUGGCUGGUUGAGAUGUUUAUUUGUUUUAAAUAAGUUGAAGGGCAGAAUUUGAACUGUAAAGCCAGUUUUGAUUUACAAAACCCUUUGAAAUUUUGUUAAACCUGUGGCUUUCCC